AUGAAUUUCAAAAUUAUUUAUAGCAUCUUUAUGGUUGGGAUGACGUUUCCUUUGACAAGAGGGCACAAAGAAAUACUUUUUGACUUUACAACUGCAGAAAAUGUGGAUAAUUGGAAAGAAAUAUCAGAUACUGUUAGAACAGUAGGAAAAUCAAAAGCUAUUUUAACAUUGCAAACAACUCAAAUUUUUCAACAUGCCAUAUUUUUUACUCUUUUAAAUCCACAACCAAAUGGUGCAGGCUUUGCAGGGAUACGAAUAAGGACAAACUUAAAUUUGUCCAAUUUUGAAAAUAUUGAAAUCAAUUGUCGAGGACAAGGCAGCAAUAGUCACUAUAAAGUUGUUUUGAGACAUAGAGGUCUUGUUUCAAAUGAAGAUAUAACAUAUGAACAAUUUUUUAUGGCACCAAUGUCAAAUACAGAUUUUUCAUCUGUAGUAUUGCCCUUGACAAAUUUUAAACCAUAUUAUCGUGGAAAAGAAGUACCAGAUGCAGAACCAUUAGAUACUGCAAAUAUUACAAUGCUUGGUUUACAAGUAUAUGGUGGAGUUUAUUUAUCAAUUAAACAAAGAGGCGUAUCUGCUUUAGAGAUAAAAAAUAUUUCAAUAUCAUAA